AUGUACAAACAUACAUAUCGGGAGCUGAUUAGCAAGCUCCAAGUCUCUCAGGAAGAUGUCGACUUCUUCGCCAAGAUGCCUUUUGUCCGCCCUUACUUGAAUAUAUCCAGUUCCUACCAGCCGGUACCUUUCGUCACAAGGUAUGACAAAGGAGACUCAUCCGACAAAUUUUUCAAUAAAGCGAUUCACUCGAACGACACUAUUCCACGAGUCUUAGCUUUCAUGCGAACAGGAUAUGCCCUAAAAAGCCCACCAACUGAUAACGAGGGCUCUGACCAAUCACAAAGUCCGGAGGAACCCCAUUUUGUUACCUUUUGCCAACUUGAAUCGGGGUUGAGUGGCUACAUCAACACUCUCCACGGAGGAGUUCUGGCAGCCUUGUUCGACGAGACACUGGGUCUUUGCGCCGAGACCUACCGCGUUUUCGUCUCAGAAGAACAGGAGAGUUUACUUACGGCUAGACUCGAGGUGUCCUACCAUGCACCCGUGCCUAUUCCCGGUGUAUUUGUCAUCAAAACAUGGGUGAAGAAGAAGGAAGAUAGGAAAUGGUUCCUCGAGGCACAGCUUCUCGAUCAAGAAGAUUCCCUGAAAGCGACCGCAAAAUCUCUCUACAUCCGGCUACGAUCUCCGUUAUAG